AUGGUGAUCGGUAUCAGCAAACGCCAGCAGUUCCGCAAUGAACGGACGUUGCAGGAUCUCAUCCGGUCGGUUCCUGGCAAUGACCGUUGCGCCGAUUGUGAAGCCAUGAAUCCAGGUUGGGCCAGCUGGAACAUGGGCAUCUUCCUCUGCAUGCGGUGCGCGGCCAUUCACCGGAAAAUGGGCACCCAUAUCUCCAAGGUCAAGUCCUUGAGUAUGGAUAGUUGGACGUCGGAACAGGUCGAUAAUAUGAAAUCGCACGGGAAUACCCUCAUGAACAAGAUCUUCAACCCGCGAAAUGUCAAGCCUCCCGUUCCUGCCGAUGUUGACGAGGCGGAUGCGUGUAUGGAACGGUUCAUUCGGCAAAAGUACCAACACCGAUCCCUAGAGGAUGGAAGACCAAAACCGCCCAGUCGUCAAGACUCUUCUCACCGAGACCGGUCCCCAGAAGGGUCUCCUCCUCCCCUGCCGCCUAAGCCUUCCAAACCCUUUGGCUUUGGCCUGCGGUCCGCCUCCUCUGCGACGAAUCUGCACCGGAUUUCGACCAGCCAGGGUGAUGCGCCGUCGCCGCGCUUUCCCAGCGUGGGCUCGCAGGGGAUGGGCGCCUCGGUGGGAAACAGGGACAAGGGAUCGUUUGAGUCGAUGAUGGCCACUUUGAGGGACAUGGGCUUUCAGAAUGAGCGUCGGAAUGCAAUUGUCCUCCGGGAACUGGACGGCAACCUUGAUAAAUCGAUCGAGACUCUGGUGAGACUGGGAGAAGGAAGCAAUCCCACGUCGGGAGUGAGGACACCGUCUCUACCAACCGGGGCGUCAAGCAACCCUUUUGACCAGCUGGACUCCAAGCCCCCCGCGCAGCCUACCGGGCAGUCCUACAAUCCCUUCGAUAUGCCGACUACGCAGCCGCAGCCGCAGCCGCAGCUUCAGCUUCAAUCUUCCUCAGUGCAGCAGCCUCUGGAGCAAUCCUUCCAGAACCUCCAGGUCUCCCAGCCUUUGUUCCCGCACUCUACGGGAGGACACCCUCCCCAACAACAGACGCCAUUCUCACAACCCUACUACCUGCAGUCGGCCACUCCUCCCGCCUCGGCAGCUCUCCAAGGCUCAUUUGUCUCAUCCCCCCAGCCUUUGGACGGUAGUCACAACCCUUUCUUCCAGCCCGGCGCCCAACCGCAGGUUACACCACCUAUCGGCCAGACAAACCCAUUCUUCGCGCAAGUUCCGUCAAUGCAGCCGCAAGGUCAGGCGGCAGCUGGGGGUGGAUCCCCCGGUUUCCCGCCACCUCGACAUGCAAACACAAUGCCAGCCCUGCCGGCAAGCUCUCCAUUUGGCCAGCCUUCCCCGUUCCAAUCGCAACCACCGUCACUUCAGGUGCAGCCAGCCCAGCUGUCUCCAAACCCAUUCCCGACUAUGACUACCCCCGCCACCCCUCAGAGUGCGGGAUUUCAAGUGCCGUCGCAAUUCGCGCACCAGACGUCCACGCAGCAUCUUGUCCCACAGCCCACCGGCCGUCUGAACAAGAACACCAUCCUCUCCCUCUACAAUGUCUCUCCCGCCCCGAGUAUGAUUCCAGAGAAUCCCCAAUUCCAGUCCUCGGCCGGUCUCUAUCCGGUCGCCCCGGGGGCUACCUCUCCCUACAGUGCCGCCCCUCUGACGCAGCAAUCGGCGGCUGCAGCACGAACCCAAUCCUCCAUCUCUUCCUUUCCACAAACUGCAGAUUCGCAAGCCGGAUCCCGAAACCCCUUCGUGUCUACAGUACCUGGACCCGGCGCGGCACCUGCUCCGCAGCAACAGGGUCUCACCGUGCCGGCGCCCCCGACAGCGAUGGGCGCCGCAAGAUCCCACAUGAGCCAGCAGAGUGUCGAUAUCAGCGGCUUUCAGAACGGACGACACAGUCCGGAUGCGUUUGCCAAUCUGAGCGCGCGGUACGGCUAA